AUGUUGCACAGAAAAACAUUUGGGAAGAAUAGAGUGCUUACUAAGAUGUUCAAAAGGGGUGGUGGUGGUGUGAGCAUGUCCAUGUUGUCAAAUUCAACCAUGUUGGUUGGGUUGUGCCGUUCCAGGCGGCGGCUCCGGCGACGGCGGGGCAGUAGCAUCAGGCUAGGGAACAAGAGAAGAGGGUUCUGCCUUGGAACACGUCCUGUGGUACAAUGGGGUGUCAUGGCUCCUCUUAGGAUGUUGAAGAAGAUUAUAAUGGGAAUAGCACCAAAGGGGCAUUGGAUAGAGGCUUAUUGUUGGUCUCUACCUCUUCUACGCCCCCAACUAUUUCCCCUUUGUUAA